AUGAAGCUUCAAGGAUCUAAGGAAGUAGUUUCGAUGUAUAAGAGGAUGUUGAGACACGAGGAGGGUGUUAUUAUCGAGCCUGAUUUGUGUACUUUGAAUAUUCUGAUUAACGUGUUUCGCCAUUUGAAGCAGUUUGAUUCUGGGUUUUGUGUUCUGAGUGAUAUGAUUAAAAGAGGGUUUGAGCCUGAUUUGAGAGGUGUUACGGUUGAUGAUUCUCUCUAUGAUUGUCUUAUUGUUAACCUCUGUGAGUUUGGCGAGACUGGUACUGCUCUAAGUUUGCAUAGAAGGAUGAUUGCUUCCGGUUUUAAGAGUGAUGUGGUUAUCUACAGUUUCGUAAUCGGCACCUUCAUUAGGAACAAGUCACUAGACGAAGCUAUGGCUGUGUUUGAAGAGAUGACUGCGAGUGGAGUUUCUCCUGAUAUAUUGGCUUUUAGGAUGAUGAUUACUGCACUGACGGGUUUGUGGGAUGAUGUUACAGAGAUGAUCAAGGAAAUGGUGAGCAAAGGUGUAUCACCUGAUGUUUACACUUAUAAUAUUUUGAUACAUCGUCUUUGCAAAGUCAGUAAGGUGAAUGAGGCGAUUGAUAUAUAUGACUCAAUGAUCAAGCGAGGUCCAGAGCCUAACGUAGAAACAUAUCACUCUCUGUUGGAUGGUUUAUUUAAAGGGUGUAGGCUUACGGACGCAACUGAGUUGUUCAAAUCGAUGAGGCAUCGCGACGUUAGGCUUGAUGUUGCUACUUACAAUAUAAUGAUUAGUGGCUAUUGCAAGAAUGGGAAAAUUGAGGAAGCCGUCCAGCUAAUAAGAGAAAUGGAUUGUAAAGGGUUGAAAGCAGAUAUUUAUACAUACGCAGCAUUAAUCCACGUUGUUAACCAAGCUGGAGAUUCAGAAGUCGCUAAAGAAGUCGUCGAUGCAAUAUGCAAGUCUGAUUGCUCUCCAAGCAUACAGCAGUACAGUGUUCUCAUUGACUGUUUGGUUAAAAAAGAAUAUUUUGAAGAAGCAAGAAGACUGUUAAGACGAAUGCAACGUGAGGGGAAGAGACUGUGCGAUGGUUCAUACACGACGCUAAUACAUGGUUUAAGCCAGGCAGGAAAUUGGGACUUCGCCCAAGAAAUCUUUUAUGCAACUGGUCAUACUCGAAGCAUAAACCAAUUCGGUGCUCUCAUCGAUGGUAUGAUGAAAAAUGGAAAAGUGGCUGAUGCGAAGAGACUUUUUGAUGAGAUCCCGGACAAGGGUUUGGUGCCUGAUGUCAUUACGUACAAUAUAAUGAUCGGUGGCUAUUGCAAGUAUGGGAAAAUAGAGGAAGCCAUUGACAUUUUAAGACGAAUGACAUGUGAGGGUCUGAAACCAGACAAUUAUACAUACACUUCAUUAAUACACGCUUCUUGUCUAGCUGGGGAUUUAGAUGCCGCGCAAGGAAUCUUCAAUGCAAUAGGGAAGUCUGGUCAUUCUCCUGACAUAUAUCAGUUCAAUGCUCUCAUCAGUGGUCUGCUAAAAAAUGGGAAACUGGAGGAAGCAAAGAGACUCUUUGGUGAACUCCCAAACAUGGGAUUGGUAGCAAAUGUCGUAACAUACAACAUAAUUAUUGAUGCCCUCUGCAAACAUAAGAUGCUAUCAGAAGCCAGAGCAUUGUUCUUUGAAUUAGAGCCUAAGGGUUGUUCACCUGAUUCUGUUUCGUUUAACACUAUUAUAUCUGGCUUCCUUGAAGAGAACAAGGUUAAAGAUGCAGUUCUGCUUCUUGAGAGCAUGCUCGAUAGGAAAUUUACCCCAAACGAAGGUGUUAAAUGCAGGCUGCGUCAACUUCUUGCUCGUGCUGAUGGACGUAAAACACUUCAGCCACUUCUAGACACUUACGGGAAGAACAUUUUCGAGUGA